AUGUCAAUUCAGCUGUUGCCCAAAUUGUUCAGCUCAUUCCAGCAGUUUGCAUCCAGUGAUCAAGGGCCUCACUGGGUGACAACAUGGGCCAGUAAAGAACUCAACAUGAUGGAGCUGUUUUUUAACAAUAUUAUUCAGUAUGAAGAAAGUGUCGCCAAGGGUGAUAUCACCAACAGUUCAUUGUACAGUUCAGUGGAAGAGGUGCAAGCUAGACUGCAGUUUUUGUCAUCUGUGUUCUCUUGUGAGCUGUCACCCCAGGAUUUUAGUAAGCUGGAAAUGUUGUUCGUUUACACUUAACCCUUUAACUCCCACAAGUGACCAAGACAGAAUUUCUCCUUACAAUAUCAAUACAAUUUCCAGCAGACAAGUGAUGAGAAUUAAAAAAAUAUCAAUUAGGGGAUUAUUAGUUGAUCCAAUAGCAAUUUCUCCAAACUAACAUCACAAGAGCUGUAUGGCAGACAGUAAGGAGAAUUACUAACGAGAUCUUGGGAGUUAAAGGGGUAAUUAUUAUAGCAUACAGCCAAGGUGCAAUUAUCUGGAAUGGGUUUUGGAUAAUGGCUGCAGUCAUAACUCUAGUAGAACUUUUGUCUGCACUUCUCAGCGCUCUGCUUCUUUUUUUUUUGAGUGUUAGUUUUGUGGUUUGUUUUACAAGAGGCUGUUGCCAUUUCCAUCUGUUUGGUCUCUUUACUGCACUUUGUUAUGAAAUCAAAAAAAACAAUGGUAGUUACUCAUGCACCUCUUCCCCUCCCCCCUUCCCCCAAGCAUCUUGUCAGCUCCUGUGUGUAGAGAUAUACAUAAUGAGAGUGGAGUACCACAACCUAUCUGUGUCAACAAUAAAGCACAAUGACGUGACACAGUCUUGACCCCAGUUGUUCAAAGCCUGAAUAAUGCUAUCCAACGGAUAGAUCGCUAUCCAGCAGAUAAGCGUCAACGAAGCGCACUAUGCUACGCAUCAGAUUUAUCCAAUGGGUAUCGUUAUCCACCCUUCGAUCAACCGAGGUCAGCACGCUUGCCAUGAGGGCACCAUUUUUUUCCAGUGGAUACUUAAUGAAGGAAUCUUUCCUUACUCUGUUUCAGAAUUGAGUGCCGGUCAAGUGGAUGUGCUGUGGGAUUGUCUGGUGUGUGAUUCAGAGAGUUCCGAUGAUACACUGGAGUGGUUUUUGCAACAAGCACAAAGUAAAGAGUUUCAUGCUCUGGAUGUUUCUGCAUUGCAGUACAUUUUGGCUGAGAAGGUAACGCCUCUGAUAUAAUUACUAUGUAAAGAAAAAGUAUGUUGUAUCAAGGAUCUGCAGCACUAAUGAAUUUGCAAUGCUAAUCUUUCCCAGUUGCCUUCUCUGCCAGCUGAGAAGUUCUCCAUGACAGGCCUACACCUUCUGCAGCAACUCUACAAGAUGUUCAAACACGCGGACGUGAAACCUUGUGAUCCUUCAAAGGUAGUACGGUGUUACGCGUAAGGUCAUUUAACCCUUUAACUCCCAUGAGUGACCAAGACAGAAUUUCUCCUUAAUAUAUCAAUACAAUAUCAUGCAGACAAGUGAUGAGAAUAAAGAAAAAUGUCAAUUAUGGAAUUACUAAUUGCUCUGAUACUAAAUUCUCAAACUAACAUGAUGAGAAUCGUUUGGCUGACAGUGUGGAGAAUUACUAAUGAGAUCUUGGGAGUUGAAGGGUUAAGCAUGAAACACCAUUAGACUGUUACUAUCAUUUCUGGCAGUUUUUAGUAAUUUGCUCUCCUUUCACUAAAAGCUGAAACGAAGUGGGCGAGAGAUAACGAAGAGGCUCACGCAUUCAGUAAUAAUUAAAAUAAUUCGCGAGGUUAUGGUCAUAAACAUCACGCUGGGUCCGGGCGAAGUUCAGCCGCGUGACUCAUGAAUACGGCAAAAUGUAAGAAGCUUCAAGUCCUGUUGAAAAAAAAAAUGAAUCGCGCGAAUAUUCCUUUGAUUCCUCGACUCGUGCCUCGAUUCUCGAACACUUCGAGAAUCGAGGAACUUACCUUGGAGCAGCACUAUACAUAUGGCGGCAUGUUAAUGAAUAUUCUUAUCCAUGCCAAAAGUUUCCAAUUUUUAUUUCAAUGAUAUCAAAAGUAGAAUUACCUGAAGUGUUCAUUAUUUCAUGGAAGAAUAUUUAUAUCCCUUUUAGUUGUGCGGUAUAGACCAGCUAUGGAAUAUAGCUGUACAAGUAAGAUCCUCAGAGGUUAGCUGGGCGGCUAUUACAUACCUGAACUCUCUGUACAUAAAUGGUAAGCAUACAUCCAUUUUUCUCUAAUAUUUGUAAAUGUGCAGUACUAGAUAUUUCUGUUUGAAUUUGAGCAUUGCAUGUAAGAAUUGAUAUAUUUUCAGACACAAUCUCUGAAAAGAGGGGAGGUUUUGCUCCUACAGAAAACGAAAAACUCAGAAUUUCUGCUGGGCUAAACUCUUUUUCCGCCUUGUGGCGGCUGGCGGUAACUUUUGAUGUACAUGGAUUUCAACGUAAGAUCUAAGGUGUAUAGCGUCAUAUUCGUAAAUAUAAUAAGUAAAUGGAAUCUUAUUCUAUUUACAAACAUGACGCUAUCGACAUUGCUGAUCCUAGUAGUAUGCAGGACGCGUGUAAUAUGAACUUCGUAAUAGACCUUGCUCACCGAAGAGUCUUCUGUGACUUAGUGGUAGAGCAUCGGAGCGCGGAAUUCGAAGGUCUGAGGUUCGAUUCCUCAUGGGGACUCAGAAGUUUUUCUUUCUCUAUUUCUCUACCGAGCUCAAAACUUACCAUCUCUCUUAUUCCAUAUAGAAAUUCGCAUGUUUUCGUGUCGUGCUUCAUUCGUGAACCGUGCGGGUAUGACCGCGCCUGUGCGGUUCACGCCUGCCGGUAUUGUAGGUGGUACUGUUAGUAUAGGGAAAAGCGAUUCAUAUUGCGAGAUGAACUAUUUUAGCUAGGACUAUGGUAUUGAAGUGAUUUACAGCAACCUUAAAGACUGUUUUUAAUGGUAUUUAUUAUAAUACUCACUACUUCAGCAAAUGGAGGUGCUUUGAAGUUUGAAGAUGAGUUCAUUCAGAGGUGUAUGAAUAUCAUUGGGGGAGCUUCGAAACAGUUGAAUCAGGUAGAGUAGCUUUUGUCCCAUUUAUUCAUAUAUUUAUGUAUUUACAUGUUCAAAAGUUUCAGUUGUGAUGGAUAUGCUCAACUUUUUAUUACAGGAACAGAACCUUCAGAUAAUGGAGAGGGGUUUGCUUUUAUUAAAGAGUCACAUUGAAAGCUUUAAACGAAGGUUUGUUUAGCAGAGUGGUAGAAGCUGCUUCUGUAGCUUUAACGUUUCUAACUGAAAACUCUUCUUAAUAAAAUUCUUUGAGUAAUUAUUAUUUUUUUAAAUGCUUAUCUGACCGUCAAAUAAUUUUUUAGGUCCAGUUUAAUAUUCUUUUCUCUACGAUGCAUUAAAAAAGACAAUAGAACUCACAGUAAAAACCAACCGAACCGCCUAAAGCGUGGGAAAGCGCGGGCGACCAAGCCGUGAUUGUUUUCAGUUUUGCAUCUGAUUGGUUGCGAGAAUGGCGCGAGUCUUUUGGACCAAUCAUAGAGCGAAAUAAAGGAAAGUCAGAGCAAUCCCAGAUUACUUUUUGACACUCAAUUGAAAAUUGCCAUAAAAGAAAGGUGCUAAGUGUUUUUUUUUCGUUAUCAGCGCGAGGCACAGGGAGAAAGAUCUGAGGCCCUAACCCCAGCCACUUUCGAUUUAUUGGUUGGAUAACUGUUUUGAAAGUUCUUUUUUUUUUUUUUUUUUUUUUUCUUUUUCUUGCAGGUUUGCAUUUCAUUUACGUUUGUGGUGGCUGGAAGGAAGAGGCAUCACUUGCCAUCAACAGAUCACUCAGAGGCCUACAGAGAAACAUUACCCCAUCCGAGUUCUUUGUCAACCUGCUGGCCUCUCAGAUAAGGUAAUGCAAGGUUUAAACGCACUGUGUAAGCUUUUAAGUAUGAAAAGACAAUAAAGGAGGCUCUAUGACAAAGUUUUUGACGAAGCACCAAAAACUCGAAUCCUAAUAACACAGUUUUUGACGAAGCACCAAAAACUCGAACCCUAAUAACACAGUUUUUGACGAAGCACCAAAAGCUCGAACCCUAGUCUGAACUCGUAUGAAAUAAAUGCUCAUGAAAGGCUAACGUCGAUUCUACUCUCCAUUAAAACUGAUGUCAGAGUUUAAUUAUCAUUAUAACAUUACUGACUACUAGAGCAGGUAAGAAGGGCCUCUCUUCAGUGCAUGCCAAAAUAAUUCUACCAGCCGGCUUUGAUACCUCGUAAGUUAUUGGCAACUUGGUAUCGCGAAAAGGGACAUUUUUUGCCAGUUUUUACUACGGUGGAAGUGUAAAGCACUGUACCCGUUGGUCAUUUGUUCGUGACAUUACAGUUGCGAAACGCAGUAUCGGUCAAUGUCACUUAUUACGUACCUCUCAUUCGAUUAUUUUUCGUGAUAACAUUUAGGGUACCUUCGAGAUGAACUCAUCAGACCUUGUUGCGGACCUUCGAGCAGAGGUGACAUUUUGGUGCCGACAGCUCCAGGACAAGUUAAAGAAAGACACUCAGCUUGUCGACGGCUCUUCUCAGCACACGCCCCUAUCUCCCUUCUCCUCUCAGUUACAUCCCCCCUUCAGACUCAUAUCCCAGGGGCAUGAACUGACGCCCGACUUGGAUGAAAAGAGCCUUGCAGAAGUUGGCUUUAAAGAUUUGCAGGUGCAGUGGAAAGUCUUGUGAUUCGACUGUAUUUUUUUUCUUUCUUUCUUUUUAGUGUCAAAGUAAAGAUGGUCGCAAGGAAGUGGCUAGGACUAUGGCUACAACCCCUCCCCUCCUCCUCACACGACACGACACGAAACCCCCCCCCCUCCACCCACACACACAUACCUACACUCACAAAUGCACCUGUAGCGAUUUGUGCGAUUUUUUUUUUUUUUUGCUGAAUGUCUUCAAACGCAUCAGUGUUUAACUGAGUACUGUUUCAUCCGUUUCGCAGCUUGUCUUUGUAUCUGUUGGAGCUGUUAGAAGAGACAGACAUCAUGACAGUGGUUACAUUCCUUCGUCUUCUUUACCAUCGCCGGAAUGGAAUUCCACACCCAUGAUAAUUCUACUUCAUGAAAAAUACUUUGAUCAACUUUUUUUAUUCUUAGAAGCCUUAGACGGCUUUAUUGGCUCCAAGAGCAGCUCUUCUGAAAGUCCUUUAAGCGAUUCUUCACAAUUGUCCCCUGUAUCCAAGAAAAUAGUGGAAGCCAACAAGGCACACGAUGAGUGUGAGGAAAUGGACAGUGGGUCUGAAAACCAAGGGAAACCUCCACUGCUACCACUGAUGGAAAGCCGUGUUGAAUUUUUAUGCAGUAUAACUUGGGAGCUCUUGUUUCUUUUACCAACUAAUCAAUCCAUUCUUAAUAAGCUCAAGUAUUUUGGUCGAGUUUUACACCAAGAUCCCAAGCGAAGAGACACCAAGAGUGACGAAGAGCAAAGAGCAGAAAAAGCUCAACCGGAGAAGAAACUUUGGGAUUCGUUAUUGGAUCCAAACUUCCCUCAUAAACUUCUUUAUUCUCUUCAAGUGAUAGACUUAAUCCAUAAUUCUUCAAAGGAAUCACAAACGCAGUUUUCUCCCACUUAUUCACGUCUGAGCAGUGAUUCAGACAUCUCUGACAACGAGGAGGAAAAGGAAACGGCAACCUCACAAGUGCAGAUAGCUUCGUGGGGACUGCAGUUUAUUGAGUAUGGAGGACUAGGUCACUUGUUCUCAAUUCUUAUGUCUGGUUGCUUGGAGGUCAGUGGGAACUGCUUAUGGACGCAAUGGAGGCAAGAAUGUCUUGCACAUUUGUUGAAACUGAUUUGUGAGUUUGGGACAAUGAAGCGAAGUAAUGAGGAUGACGAUGAGGUGUUUGCGUCGACAGAAAGUAUCGCUAGUAAGUCACAGAUUCAGAAAAGAGACGGACAGUUCCGCGUACGAUACAAGAGUACUGACAAAGAGGAGGUGAUCUGCAUCAAGUGUUUGUCCUCUAAUCUUAUGUCUAUUGUUGAUGUUAACUCAUUACUGGAGAAAUUACUACACAUUUCUCAUCAGGCAACUUUACCAAUCCACGGGGGCCAAAACAGAGCCAGUGGAGGGGACGGUAAGUUUCAUUGUGGGCAGGUUGGGUUCCAUUUACCACUUGCAAUUUUUCCCUUUUUGCAAUUGACAAUUUCCCCAUACUUACGGCUCAAUGCCAGAUGAUGUCAUUUGUAAUGCCAGGUUCGCGGCGAUUUUCGAAGAGUUAGAGGUCACUUAUCAACAACUUGCCGCGUUGAACUUGAAAUCAGCUGUGAUUAACGAUUAUUUAUUGACGAUAAUCGAACGUAAAACAUCGGUUCGCGCUUGCUUGCACUCUUAAUAGCCAAGGGUAACUUAGACUUAAUUUACUAAAAACACGUGUGCAAGCUCUGUAAAGCUGAAACUAGCACCUCUGAAAGACGGCCGCUUAUAGCAUCUAUAUACGCCCACUUUUUAAAGCUUAUGACGUAAUAGCUAAGUAAAAAUUGACGAAUUGGCGAAGAGGAUUGAGGAUAACCAUUAGAAUGAAGAAGCCUCGAUUUAACGUCUAUUGCAUCAUUAUUACAUAUAUGGAUCGUGUGGUGUGAUCAUCCGGGGUGAGGCAGUCCUGAAUGUGACUGUCAGUCAGGGGGUAUUCAGGAUUUUUUCGAUGCAUGGAGGGUGGGGGGUUUCAAAUUUUUAUUCAGAGAAACAAUCUUUCUCUUUUUUUUUACUUUUUUUUGUCACGCUAGAGCCUAAUUAAGUUAAGAAAUAUUAUAGAUGAGAAAAUUUUAGUUACCUCGAAUUUAGAAGUAUUAUGUGAUCCUUUCUUUGAAAGAAACCUCGUCUUAGACAUGUAAUAAAACUACCCACAAGUGUAAAAGGUGGAGGGGGACCCUCGAUUCCUUCCCCUGGAUCCACCACUGACUAUUAUUGGUGACAUUGUCUGUCAUCUCAAUAAACUGACCAGAAGCUGUCAACGACAGGAGUCCGUUAGGGGGCUUGCUUACCGGGACGAUCACACCAGAUGAUUGAAUACGGAGAUUGAAAAACAAGACUAGGUAGUAGCGCAAAGUUUGCCGGCAGUGAUGGAAGUUUGCACAGAAGAGUGAAACGUAUUUUUUCUUCCGAAUAUCAACUUACCAAUGAGUAUGUUUAUCGGAAGUUGACAUAAUCAUUGUCAUUUUGAACAUGUUAGCCUACCGAUCUUAGUCAACAAGAUGGUUUUAAUUUCUUAUAUUUGUUGUCUUUCUCGUCCAGUGGUUCGUCACGCUGUAUCAUUGCUUGUGUCUGCGGCCUUCACUGAUGGUACUGUCAGGAGCUCCCUUCUUCAGCAAAGUAACUUCAAACCUUGGCUUCAGCAGCUGGUGCUUUUAGCUAAAGAGGUAAAGUUCAGGUUUUGCCUUGUGUUGUCAGAAGAAAAUAUUGAUUCGAAAAAAGAAACGGUGUAUGAUGUGUAUUCUUUUUUUGGUAUUUCAUGUCUUUUUCCUUUUUUGGAGUGUCCCAGAAACACUUAAACGAAUUGCCCGAUCUGAACCGGGUAAUAAUUAUAUUUAGAGCUUCCCUCACUCAGCUUGCCUUCCUUACCCCUCCUGCGAUUCACCCAAGCUCAUAUAAUGUUGCAAAGGGCCACGUGAAGGUUAGGGUAUGGAGUGUUGAAAGUAUCACGGUCAUCCCCAGUAGGCCAGUAGUUCACUUCAGCGAAUCAGUGAGAUUUCAUUAUUUAACACAAAUUAAUUAGGUCAUUAUUUUUUCUUUAUUUUUUAUUUUUUUGCAAUUCUCAGCCCAGUGUACGAUUUGAAGCGUGCCGUGGACUUUACAGACUAAGCCUAAUCAAAGAGAACUCCUGCCUUACGCAGCUGAUGGAUGCAUUGCUUGACUCACUGCCGCUGGCGCAAUCUCUUCAAUCGAGAGAAAAUCCCCACGGACGGCGACAAGAGCCCAGUGCCCGGGAGUACUUUUCUAUUUUGUGUCGACUCGUGGAUGGCCUCCCCACUGUGGAAGACGGUCAAAAGGUAAGCAUGUAUUUAUUUUCACGUCUAGACACUCCGGGAAACAAAGGUACCUGUGUGUAAGUUUUGCCAUUAACAUGCUACGAAAAAGGCAAAUAAGGAAAAAGAGAAAUGUAUGAUAUAAUUAAAGAAAAGUUUCGUUGCCGCACGUUGGCCUCGCGCCUCUUUGCAUACUAUAGGAGAGGCAAAGGUAUGCAAGUGUUAACUCCAAUUUGCCUCGAUGAAGGUAAAAAAAAGAAAAGAGAAAUGUAAUGAUACAAUCGAAUUAAAGUUUGGCUAUCGCACGUUCGCCUCGCGCCUCUUUGCAUACCAGAGGAGAGGUAAAACUUGUGUCAAAAUUUUAAAGGGGACAAUGUACUUAAGGUAACGAUGUCUUCAUGUGUCGUUACUUCAGUUCUAAUAUGAUAGAGAAAAUGCACUUAGUUUUCCACGCUGUCAAUUUUCACUAGGGCGAUGAGGUUGACUUGGACUCCUUGGCUAAACUGCUAGCCAAAUACAUACGAGACUGGUAAGUACGGAAAACGUCGUAAUCUUGUAUGAUUGGGUUCCCGAAGGCUUCAAACCCCGACGUUCUGUUAGAAAAAAAACUUGGCAUCUUGCUCGAGAAAAGUGUAGCAUAUAGAGACAGAAUGGUUCGAGAGACAGUUCGUUGUGUCACCUUUGUAAACAGCGCACUGUCGUGUCAAACAUUAGACAAGACCUACGGUCCAAUGAGAUAGCUGUCUAAGACGUUUGGUGGUAAAAUUGUGGACCCUGUUUGGGACUUAUCCCUUUACUCCUUAGUAUUAGUCUGCAUAUUCUCCAUACUUUUCUCCUUACCUUUCCUGUGAUACCAAGAAGGAGAACUUGUUGAACAAUCAAGAGCUUCUACUGUUGAGAUCAUUUUCCUUCUUCUCAUGACCUUAAUCAAUGAUGUAGAGUUAGUACUGUAAAGAGAAAUCAGUGUUUGGUCACUCAGUGGUGAAUGAGUUAACACUCAAAUACUGUAUUUAAGUCCUAUAAAAGUACCUCCUCCCUCUCCCCUUCCCUCGCACAAUAUAAUCAGACUCAUUUUAUGCUCUGAUUUUUCUCUGCCUUCUUUUCAUAGUCAACCGCGCACUAAGCAGAAGUAUGGCAGCCAUGAAAAUGAAGGUCUUAGUGGAAUGUUGAAACUGUGCACUGCUGUUAUGAGACAUGACCCCUCGUUCAAGAUGUCGACUGAUGGUUUGGUAAGUGAUUUUUAGAUGAUUCAUUACUUUUGAUUUGUUUGUUCUAUUUAUUUCUAUAUGAUUUCUUUAUUUGUUCAUUUAGUAUUUAUUUAUUUGUCUUUUCUCUAUCACGAUUGCUCAUAACAGCGGUUCCAAAUGGCCAAAUUUUGCCCCACGAGAAAAAAAAUGAAUUUCUACGACAUUUUGUUUUCAAAAUGAAGUUGUGUGCUUGUUUAUGGGGUCUUUCCUGGUUUUUUUAUUCUUUCAUUUGAUUGUUAGUUUGUUUGUUUUUGCAUUUCUUGAGUUUGAAGCUAGGUUUUUUAAAUUGGAGAUGAUAUUAUCGUCAACUUUCGAAGUCGCCUGAUCGUUUGAAUUACUUAUGCUUUUGGUUUUCAGGAGUUUCUGCGAGACGUGUUCCACUCUUGUCUGUUUUCUCUACCAGAAGAUUGUUGUGAUGAGAGGGACUUGCCACUCUGCAAAUCUAAGGUAAAGAUGCAAUGCAGUACUUUACAACAGUACUGACGUUUGCGACGAUUAAAGUGAAGCUGUGUGUCAAGGUGAUUUCUUUCGCACAACAUUGCCCUCGCAGUCAUUGGACACUAAAUGUGCGUUAAAUUAUGUGCUGAUCAUGUGCCUGGGCGAAUCAAAUUACAUUCUAGGAUCAUUUUACGAGUAAAUCGUUACUGGUUUAUAAGCAUCACGCUCACCAACAUGUGUCUAAGAUAAGAAAUUCCAGCCUUGUGUUUGACAGUUAGUUGGGAAUUGGUUUUUGUCGGGAAAUUGAAUACGGGCGGACUACCUUUUGGUACAGUGGUGACUGUUCCUCUAGCAGAAAAGUAUAGCCACAAUUGGGAGACAAGUUUUGUUCCUACAACAUUCCAGCAGGGUCCACGUCUUAACUAAUUCUCUAUUUGCAUUAAAGCCGGCCAGGAGUGCAGCCUUUGAUCUUCUUCUCGAGAUGGCUCGAGGCUGCCAAGACAACUUCCUUGAAAUCCAAAAACUGUUGAUGAAACAUCACAGCUCUGGUAAGAGCUCCUUUAUCACUAGGCUAGAAAAUAACCUUCUUCCUUUCUAUCAGAGUCAAGUCCUAGCCGUAAGCAGAAAGUUUGUCAUAUGAACCAAGCUUAUUGCGACUUGAAGUCAUCUGCAGAUCAGUGGUUAAAAAAAAAUUACAAAUCUUAGGGUCAAGCAAAUCCUGUGGAGAGCACUGUGAAUUUUUCUUUUUUGUAAAUGCAAUAGGGAGACGAUGAGGCUCUUUGAUUAGCGCGCGAGACUGGUUCUAGAGGUCUGCGUUUAAAUCCUCGACAGGUCCUAUUGUUUUGUUCUCGUUGGGGGAAAGACCCUCUCUCUGCUAGAAGCUGCCUAAGUCUAAGAGUAUAAAUCGAUACUAUUAUAUUCUUUCCGAGGAACGUCGAUAGAGUUGGAUAAACGAAACUAGAUUGUUUUCACUCGCAAAGAUUGUUGUUUUAAAUUCAACGCGGCAUCCUCCAAAUCCCUAUGCGCAUGUUCAGUGUACACGAAAUACCGCUGAUCAUUACAGGUACCGGCAAUUUCUCAAGGACGUUUGACGAAAUGUUGGGAUAACCAGCAAUGGACCAGAAUUCCACUCAGGAAAAGAAGCUAUACUCCCAGUCCCUUCAUUCUACACAAACCUGACCAAGCUCCGGCUUCAAGGGAGUCUGAGCGCGAGUAAGAUUACUCACCAGCUGGUAAUUUGAUCCAUUUUUUUUCUGUUCAUAGAUGGUAGAAAACGUUCCUCUUAUGGGUGGCAUUACUGGCCCCAUGACAAUGGCCGUUCACUCUGUGGGCUGGUUGGAAUGAUCAAUUUAGGAGCCACGUGUUACAUGGCCUCCUGCAUGCAGCAGCUGUACAUGAUGCCUCAGGCCAGGGCCGCUAUUCUGAACUCGAGGGUGAGUUUUAUCAAUCCCUAACACCCUAACAUUGGUGUGCAUAUUCUCUAUACAUUUCCCAAUACAAAAACCAAACUGCCUACAGCGCAGGAAAACGCGGGCAACCAAGUCGUGAUUCAUUUUAAGUUUUGCAUUUUGAUUGCUUGAAAAAGUGGCGUGACUCUUCUGGAUCAAUCACAAGACGAAGUAAAGCAAAGCCGAAGCAAUUCCGGAUUACCUUCGACACCCAAUUGAAAAUUGCUCAGUGUAUAAAAAUUUAGAAUAAAGUUCUUAUCUCGUAAGAUUUCGUUUGUUAACAAGUGAUCUGUUUGACGUACGAACAUGCUGUGAACAACUCAGUGAAUUAAAGCAUUAAGUCAUCUUCAUUGAAGCUCUAACACUUCUCAUCGUUUCACAGAUCAACAGCGAUGUUAAACAUGAGGUGCUCAUGCGUGAAAUGCAAAGGAUGUUUUGUUUCUUAAUGGUGAGUGGAAUUUGAUUGAAAUAAUUUUAAUGGGUGCCUGUCAAGAAAAUGUGAAGAAGUAAAGUGAUAAUGACGAUGCGGGGGCCAAUUGCUAACCUUUUUGAGCAUGACUCCGGAUCGAAAUUACAGCUUCUACCCCGGGAUGGAUCGUUGUGUUGUGCCUUCAUGGCAAGUAACACUCGCGGUCUCCCUCCUUCCGUUUACGUAUGCCCGACGUUUGACCUCUGUGUUGUGAUGGAAUGGCGACCUGUGAAGCGUUACUGUGGAAAGAUCGAAUUAUUGCAGAAAGUAUACGUUGGAAUGUACGGAGAGAGUUUUUUUUUGAUAAUAUAACGCAUAAUUUAGAAGACUGUUAAACAAAUUCUCCUUGUCCGUCUCUUUGGAAAUGUAUGGAGAACAGUAUGGAGAAUUUGCAUACUGAUGUUAGGGGAUAAAGGGUAAAACUUUGCGUUAAACGCUGUCUAAAUAUCCAGUUUGCGUCCUUUUCACUCCAGGCAAGCGAAAGAAAGGCGUACAACCCCAAAACCUUCUGUCGGACAUACACUAUGGACAAACAGCCUCUUAACACUGGAGAGCAGAAGGACAUGACGGAAUUCUUCACAGACCUGAUCGGCAAAAUAGAAGAAAUGUCACCAACACUGGUACGAAAUUUAAAACAUUUUGUGGCUCCUACUUAUCGAUACUUACAGGCAGACUCGCAAUCCGGAGGUCAUGGAUUCGAGUUUGUAUAGGGGUAUUCCUAAGUUCAACUCCUCGACCCCGCUUGUAAAUAGCCAAAUGCCUUUAUAUCUGCCAUUUUGAGAUUUACAUCCCGUUACCUUUGGUAUAUAGUGUUUGUUUUCCUGGUUAUUGGAGAGUUUUUGUUGUUGUGGCAUUCUGACAGAAAUAAAAAAAAUUGUCUUUCCGUUUGAGUAGAAGUUACCCGUAAGUACCACAACGUGUUGUACUAUGGACGCUUAUUAUCAUUUAGAACAUGUCAGUCAAACCGGACGUUUCUGAUUACAGUCCGAAGAGAAUUUUCACUGACUAUUGCAGAAACUAUCCUGAUAAACUUCUCGCUGUGUAAUUGAUUGCUUGGCCGUCUAAUGUAUUUAUUGUACUGUUUUUGCAGAAACUCCUAGUGAGAGAUUUGUUCUGUGGAGAGAUCAGCAACAAUGUCGUGUCACUGGUGAGAAAGCUUAUUUACCUCAAAUCAAUUUUCCCGUCAGGCCUGGAUAAUAGAGUAGUGGUAUAAGUAACCUUACCAACCAUGAGCUCCGGUGCUUUAUAUAAUGAUUUGAAGGACAGCAUGCGCAUUAAAUCUUGUGCUAUAGUUUUCAUGUUGAAAGAUCGAGAAAGAAGGAGUGGUCCUUGUUUUGCUGUGAUUGUGAUAACUUUGUGCAUAGAAGUUUUUAAAACCGUGAUAUGAGUAUAACACUUGUUCCGAAUGGCAUUCGUAUUCGCGAGGCUAAUACGACUGUACAUAUUUUCAUGUGAUACCCUAGUGUUUGCGGUGGAUUUCUGCUGAAAGAUUUGGUGUUCUUCCAUUUGCAGGACUGUUCACACGUCAGCAAGACCAGAGAAGAGUUUUAUUCUGUGCGAUGCACUGUGGCAGACAUGAAGAGCCUUUAUGUAAGACUGUCUUUUGAUGAAUUAGUGAUACUGAGGUGGUUAAACCAUGUGUAGUUUGACUUGAGAUAUUUAUCAAUGAGAUUUUGAGCUCAGAUUUGAAUCUGAUUUGUAGACAAAGAGGUGCUAGUUUUUUGGCUCAACUUACUUUCGACACUUAGUGGUAUCUUGUUGUCUAGGAAUCACUGGACGAAGUGACGAUCAAAGACACACUGGACGGAGAUAAUAUGUACACUUGCUCACAGUGUGGAAAGAAAGUCAGGGCAGAGAAAAGGUGAGUGAAAUACAGGCGGCAAAGGAAAUGAAUUUUUACCAAGGGUAUCCUUAACGAAAGCCUAGCGAUCUUAAGGAGGAAUGAGUGAAAGAAGACACCAAUUAUUGAAUGGUAAAAGUUCAAAACAACUGUUAUUUACUGUGAAUGAUGUGUGGAAGAGAAGCUUGUUGGGUACUUUUCGAUUUAGUGUCGUAAAACCAAACCCAAUGUUAUCACAACAGCCAAUCUGAACAAGGGAAAAUAUCACACGGAACCAAUGAGAAGACAAAAAUCGAAUUAAUUACGUAAAGCGCGGGAAAACAGGAGUAACCAAGUCGUAAUGGUUUCAGUUUUGCAUCUGAUUGGCUGAAAGAGUGACGCGAGUUGUCAGGACCAAUUGCAGAGCGGAAUAGAGCAAAACCAAAGCAACCUUGAUUAUUUUCAACAGAUUGUUUCGGAAAUUACUCUAUCGCUUAUGUUUCGAAAAGCUAACGGUAUUAACGAUUUGUUUUGCGUAGGGCAUGUUUUCAAGUUCUUCCGCGGAUUCUGUGUUUCAACACAAUGCGUUAUGCGUUCAACAUGGUGACUAUGAUGAAAGAGAAAGUUAAUACACACUUCUCUUUUCCUCUUCAACUCAACAUGGCACCGUACACCGAGGAAUUUUUGAUGGGAGACAAACAAGAUCAAGGUGGAGUGUCCUCUGUUGUCCACGUGACUGUUUUCAUGUUUUUGAUGAAAGUCGCUCCAACUCAACAAGCGUAUUAGUUUAACUCAACGGUAGGCAUUGUGAAAUCACCUUAAAUAUGAUUUCCCUCUCCCCUCGUUAGACCCUCAGCUCGAUCUAAGCUACUGGUAUCAGUUGAUUGGAGUUGUGGUUCACACUGGCACAGCAGAAGGGGGGCACUACUACAGCUUCAUAUUAGACCGGUCCUCCCCCCAGGGGCGCGAUCAGUGGUUCCUGUUCAACGACGCAGAAGUGAAACCAUUCGAUCCGGCACAGAUCGCCGCUGAGUGCUUUGGCGGCGAAAUGACGGUAAUAUUAGCUAUAUAUAUAUAUAUUUUUUUUUUGUAACGCAAUUCAAAAACAGUGUAUUGUGUACAGUAAAUGAGCAGGAUGAUGAUGUAUGAUGAUGUAUCGAUAAACUGUAGACCCAUUGUUUGUAGACAUACUGUAAAUCUAGUUUGUUGGCGUUGCUAUCAUCAUCACACCUUAAAAAAUACAUAUUUUGAUUUAAAUGAAAUAUAGCCACUCUAAAUUUGGAAAACGUUUCCUCAUCAGACAAAGACCUAUGAUGCAGUGACAGAAAAGUUUAUGGAUUUUUCAUUCGAGAAGACUCACAGUGCCUACAUGUUGUUCUACGAACGGUGCGAUCCUAACGAGAAGGAGUUACUGGCUGAGACGCCAAACAUCGAGCUAAGCCAAGAGCUGGCUGAUUGGAUCUGGCAUGACAACAUUCAGUUCUUGCACGAUAAACACGUGUUCGACACGACUUACUUCAAUUUCAUGUGGCUUAUAUGCAGCAGCAUUGCACCUUCCGUUCCAGACUCCAAGGAGCUCAUGCUGUCCAAUGUCAAGCUGGGUAAUUAUGCUUGUGACUUAGAAAUAGGAGAGAUGAGGAACAUUUAACCAUUAGGGUCAGUUUUUUUGGCGUUGGCCAAGUACUUGAUGAUGCUGAAUCAUAACUGCUCAGUGUUUUUUACUGAACAGAUCAAUUCGAACUGAUCUACAGCCGUGGCACAUUACGUUUCUCAAUAAGUUUUCACUACAAAGUCACCGCCAACCAGUCAAAGUUAAUGAAAUAGGGACUUUAAGAAAACCACGACGGCGAUGGCAACAAGAACGUAGCGAAACAAAAGAUCUGAUCAGUAGAACAAGAGCGAAACAAGGGUGUUUUAAGACCUUUAGCAUUUUUUUUUUUUUUUGUAUUUCUUAGCUAUCCCCUUCAGGGGAAAAAAAACGUGAAAUCACCAACUUUUUUGUCCUCUUAGCAAGGAAACCUAGACAGCAAUUUAUUCACUACGUUCAUAUGUUAUGCCGAAGUGAAGAUGUCGUACCGUCAGAAAAUCUUGAAUGAAAAUAAAAUACGCUUUUCGGCAACGUUUAACAACACGUCGCCGAAGUGACACCUUAGACUCCUUAAUAUCUCGAGCGAGGAGGUUAGUUAACUUUUUUUUUGAAACGAGAACUUUUUUUUAACCAGGAACAUCAUUCUUGCUGGAAACACUCGUCCACGCCAAAGAAAAACUGUUGAUCAAGAACUGGGCCGACCUAUUGCUGUCUCAAUAUGAACAGUCCUCAGAUGUCUGUGAGUGGUUUCUGGAGACACUUAGCAGUGAGGAAUGGUUGCUUCAGGUGCUGGUUAAGUGUCCCAUACAAAGUGUUCGGCAUGUAAGUGACAUUGAGUUAGUCACAUUAAAACUGUAUUAUUUAUCGCCUGGGGAUCACGUGGUUUUCUGGAGGAACUGAGGGGGACUUACACCGACCGAUCCCACCCCACCCCCCUUUCUCCUCCAGUCAGUUUCUCGACCAGCUUUGUUUCAGAGAACCCAUCGUUUGGUUAAAAAAAACAAAAACAACAAAUCAAAACAAAACAAACAACUUGUUUCGAUUAUUUUUUUUUAUCGUUGAGAAGUACUCCUUAUACGACUUUCAUACCCCUCCUGAAUCGAAUGCAAGACCUGCAGUCGUUAGUUAAAUAAUGCUGCAAUCUUCUUUUACCCGUUCAUAUUCGUUGUAGGAGGUAAGUUUUUUUUUCGAGAUGAAUAUGAACAAUCAAUUUACUGGGUAGUAAUAAAGCCACGACCUUGCGAAGAAUCAAUUGCCUCAAAGAUCUACAAGAAAUAUCUUUGCGACAGAAUAUGCGUAAUAGGCCAUUUUACAGUUGUGUACUUAGUUGCCAAGCCUUUGAUUUGGAGUGAGGCUGAAGGUGACCUUGUUGUGUUAGAGACCAGAAUCUAGUUAGCAUGAUAACAACUUAAUUUGAAUUUCAAAAGCAGCAAGGUUUGUAUCAUAACAAGGUCACCCUUAGCCUCACUCCUGUUCAAAGGCUUGGCAACCAAGCACACAACUGUAAAAUGGACUAUUGUCCAAAGAGGGAAUUCGGUGUAAAAAUUACCUAACGACGAAUACUGUUUUUCCUAUUUUUAUUAGAAAUUUUUUUUUUGCCUCUUACAGAUGUUGGCUCGUCUCUGCUUGGAUGUGAUUAAGAUCCUGAGGCCCCUAUAUGCAGGCCACACUGACAAGUUAGUUUCGUUUUGCAUAUUGCACUUAGCAUUAUUGCAUAUUGCUCAAUUUUUGCUUCAACACAUUUGAUCCGCGCUGAAUAAUAAAGCUUUAUCGAAGAACUGUAAAGCAUGUUUCUCUUUUCUGUAGAUUAUUUUUAUUUUUGCCUUUUUGCCUUGUUUGUGUUAGUGUUGCAUCCAUAUUAACAAUUCCUGUUGCUAUUCAGGAAUGAUGAUGACGAGGAAUUAGAGAUCGAACACUUUGUGUUUGUCAGCGGGUUUGUGAAAGCUAUUUUUAGAUUGGUAAGUAAUCGGUUAUGGGUCGAUCAAUUCGAAACUUCAACAUCCCUUCCGCGGUAACCCCCCGGGCAUUUGAAGUUUUGAAGGUAAGUUUGUUUAAAUCCCACCCCCUCCCCCCUGAGGCCAAAAUUGCGAUUGAAAUGCCCACCCAAUUAUUUUGUAAAAGCCAAAAUCAGCGACCUUGACUUUCUUCACAUUGACGAAACUUUAAAACGGAGGACAGUCAAAUGCCCGUGGGUUGGCUGGAAAGGGGAGAGGAUGUUGAAGCUUCGAAUUCGGCGGCGUAUUAACUUCAUUUCCAUAACCAAAAGUUGAGGUCAGAAUGGGUCCAUCUAAAAUACGAUGUUCUUUUCUAAUGUACAGCUGGAGCACAAUAUCAAGGCGUACGUGAAGAAUCUUUCAGAGGUGUUUUGGUUUAUACAUCAGUUCGCCGUACUUGGAGGCAAAGAGGUAUGGACUCGUGGAUCCUUCGUUUCAUGAAACUCAUGAGUGAUGCACAGUUAUAAUUAACAGUUCCAAAAAGAUAUCGAAUACAUCUUAUCAUCUUAAAGGCAUUUAUGGGUAACUGAUGAGCUUUCACCACUUUUUAUUAUACCAUGGCUGUUUAUUUGCUCUUAGCUGGCAGUUUUGAUGCACUCGACGAGAGUGAACGAUGUGUUUUAGUUUACUUUUUAGUUUGGUGUCGAAAGUGUUUCUUGAGCUUUCCUUAUCUUUUUGAAAUGAUUCGGUAGUGAUACCGUAGUGAGGGAGAGUUGUGCCAUCCUUGGAGUUAAUCAGAUCCGAAUCGUAAACAUCACAACCGAUUUUCCCCCUAAUAUUAAUUCUCAGAGUUGUCGAAGACUGUCGGUGUAGUAAGAUGUUUUAACUGCGGUUUGUCGCGACAAUCAAUUGAAAAGGGAAAAAAAACUUAAAAAAAUAUAUAGAUAGACCAUCUGUUUUAUAGUGGUGUUAUUCUUUUUUGCAGCGUGAAUUUCUUCUGAAAGCAGACGCCAUUACAGUCAUGGUGGAAUUCUACCUGGGAACAAAAGCUUCAGAAUUAGUAAGUUAACGACUCAAUAUGGAUUAUUUGGCCUGUCAAUCGUACGCCGGAUAGUUUUUAAAACGGCGUUUUUAAUCUGAAAUGCAACAAAAGUUUUUCGUCCGUGUCAGAAAACGAACGAAAUGUUUACCAUCCACUCUUCACCGGACGAAUUUAAAAACGCAACGAUCAUCGGCGGGAUUCUCUGGCGUGCACAUUUUAAAAAAAAAUGCAAAGACUAGUGACGACCUGAGAGCGUUUUGGAAAGCCCGUUUUUGGUUCACAUAAGUGUAGUUGUUUAGUUUAACCGUGGAAAGAAAGUCGUGCUCAGUUUCAAAUUUACCUGGUUAUAUGUGGACAAGGCCUCAGUUGUCCUCUCCCCCCCCCCCUCCCUUGCUUUUACCUUCAGUUUGGCGAAGAUUUGGGGGGAAGGGGGGGGGGUGGAGGAGAAAUUGGGCUGACAUCGAGGUACCCAAAUUCGCUUGUGAAUGUGGUCUUGCCUAAAUGGAAUCAUUUACUUCUCUCAGAACGACUCCACAACAGAUGAAGAUGAUGACGGUGAUGAUGACGACGAUGAAGAAGUGGUCACCAUUCUUCCAGAAGAUAAAUACCGAAUGGGUUCCUUGGAGAAGAUGAUUUCAGUUAUGGCGCUAUUGGUCGAGGAGUCUCGUGGGGAAAGGUAGGCUUGAUUUUAACCAAGUUAUUAACCAAUAUAUUUAAAAUAUAUUCAUACAUGACUUUGUUUUCUUUCCCCCCCCACUCCUUACAAUAAAUGAGACGUAGUUCCCUCUUCAGCAGCGAAACUAGAUUUAUUUAGAGUAAAAUUUGCCAGUGAAACGGCAUUAAACUUCUCUGACAAUAACAUGGAGAGAUCUAUCCCAUAAUACCCUUAGAUGAGAUACAGUGCAAAACUGUUUGUGACGCUAGAUGCGUGUCACAUGUGACACAACACACGAGAACGAAUCAUAGUUCUUGUUCUUGUUCUUGUUUUCAAUAAUAACGCAGUUUUCAUUGAGGUGUUGCUUUACCUCACUGUGUGAUUGGUCCAGAAAACUCGCGCCUCUCUCUCAACCAAUCAUUUUAUUCAAUCAUUCGAGUCUCCUCGCCGCAGCCAUCUUUUCUCAUGAAACGAGGUUGAACCUCAAAGUUCGUGCGAUAACGUUAUGUUUUCUUGCUUUAUAUCAGGCAACUGCAUCUUUCAGAGAAUGACAUGGCUGCUUUAACAGGUGGAAAGGUAUGGCAAUAUUCUAUGUUAAUCCCUGUUGAUUUAUACUGACGUUAUUUUUCGGAAAGACCUACAUGAGAGGGGUAUGUUCGUUUACUAACUCGUAGCUCUACGCUUUGUUCAACGUAUCAUAACCGACUCAUUAUCAGUUGAUGAUUACUAAUGUUAUUUUAUUUCUUUUUCCUCAGGGAUUUCCAUUCCUUUUCCAUGCCAUCAAAGACAGUAUUAACCUCCGCCACACAACCAACCUGAUUUUUAGUUUGUGCAGAUACAACCUCAAGCUAGCGGAAAGCGUGAGUCAGCGAUUUGCACGUGUCUUAACAACCUUCGCGUUGCCCUGUGAUUGAUUUAGAAGCCUCGCACCUCCUCCGUAACCAAUCAGAUGCCAACGUAAUGUCAAUCAUAACCUGGCCACGUUCGUUUCUCGGCCUUCAGGCAGUUUUCAAGCAGCAGAAUUGCUCUUUAUAUUUUUGACACUCGUUAAUAAAAGACGCUGAAAUCUCACACGUUCACGAACAGAUUUUUCAUUUCGUUUUGUUGUUUUGCAGAUAAUUUCUCUGCUGAUGUCUUCAGUGCAAAAGCUUCCACCAGAGGUUAGUAAAACGUAGCAAACUGAGCAGUUAAUAAAUAUCAGAAUAGUUCCUUUGAUAAUAACUUUUUUUAAAACGUUCUCUUUAAACGUUCUUCCCCCCUGUAGCAGUCUCAUUCAUUCUUCAAGUUACUGUCGAUGUUGACAGAGAUGCAGGGGGGUCCACCUGGCAUGCCAUCUUUUACCAACCUGACCCUCGCACGUAUCUGGGAGGUAAGCUACAUGUUGCAGUUUUCAUUGUUGUUGUUUGUGUUUGUUACUUUUAUUUAUUGAUAACGUAGGGUUAAACUUUUCCCCACACUCACUAGCCUAGAAUAAACAAAGUAUGUCUUAAAGCUCAAAUGUUGGCAACCUUUUUCGUAUAAAUGUUAAAAAAAAAACAAACAAACAAGAACAAAAAACAAUUUGAAGUGUGGAUUGGGUUUUUCAGUGAUAUGUUUUUGGAAUUGACCGAAGAACGAAGACUUCCUUGUCUUCGAAAGAGUCUCUGGAAUAACGUUGCAUCAAUGUAAAAUAUCGCUUGUGUAUUGACAAGAAGAUAAUCGCGUCUGUUUUACUUUCCGCAGGCUGCCGAAUACAACGCUGCUCUGUGUAUAGACUGGCUAACGUGCAUGGCUCCGAAAAACAGGAUGGUAUGUGUUGGUUUGUUUGUUUGUUUUUUUACUCUCUCUUUAUGCUCGAACUUUCCGAUUAACCCUUUAACUCUCAUGAGUGACCAAGAGAGAAUUUCUCCUUACAAGGUCAAUGCAAUAUCAAGCAGACAGGUUAUGAAAAUAGAGAAAAAUUCAUAUGGAGAUUACUAGUUGAUUCAAUACCUAAUUCUCCGAACUGACAUCAUAAUAAUUGUAUGAGGGUACUAAUGAUAUCUUGGCAGUGAAAGUGUUAACGUACUGAUUGUGAAUACCGUCAACUUACCCUUGCCGUUUGUUGGUAGGCUCAUCAGUGGGUAUUGGAAAACAUGGAUAAGUGGGUGGAAAAGUAUCUUAUUGCUGACAACAGUCUCAGGCUUAGAAAUGGUGAGUUAAAUCAUUUAACAUAGGUUUCAUUUUAUAUAACCUGACAGAAAUUCGUGACCAAGACCGCUGUGCUUGAUAGUUUUUGUUUGCUGCCAUAAUCAUCAACCGAUGACCGUUUUAAUUUUCGUAGAUAUUGUGGGUUCCUGACCUGCAAAAUUAAGUUCGUGUAGGAAAGAGAAACGCUCAAUAAAAAGCUGGAAAAAUUUACCGCUUUCGGAGUAGAAGGAUAAGUAUGUUGUAACUAAGCGUGCGAGAGAAUUUGAGAAUAUUCUUUUGCCUUCCCUGUUAAUGUUCUGCUGUUCUGACGGAGAAUAAAAACAUCUGUUUCCUCAAAACUCAAUGCUUCGCCAAUCCGGGUUUCAAUAAAAGCUGGUUAUUGGCAGUCUACCGCUGCCCUUGAGACCUCUUACCGCCGUCCGUUUAGCCUGCGGGCAGGCUCUCGCGUUUGGGUUUUCGCCUUAACCCUUAGCAUCCUAACGUCAUUGUACUUUGCUGUUCUCUAAACGUUUCCUAAGUUUCUGACAUGGAGAACUUGUCAAGAGCUGCUUUAGUUGGUGAUCAUUUCUUCUAUUCUCCUUACCUGAAUAUUUGAUUCAGGGCUGAUAUUGUAAGGAGAAAUCAGAUGCCUGUCACUCUUAGGGGUCAGAGAGUUAAGGCCUAUUUCCAGGCACAGCCGUUAAUCACACCAACAACAGCUGCUUAUGGAAAACGUUGUUGAAACCUUUGCUAAAUGGGAGUGUAUAUCACGAAAUAGUAUAGUUUAAUAAUCAGCAACUUCGUAACUGCGCACCGUAAGUUAGGUGAAGUUUUACCCUGUCAGGUUUUGUAAGUCGUUUUCCUCUUCCAUCCAGCAGUAUUUCUCAGAGUGUCUGUUCUUUCUUUGUCAUCUGUAGCUUCUGCAUAUCUUCUGGUAAGCCUUGUGCCUAACAGUCACUUCAGACAAGGGUUCAGGUAGGGACAGCUUUGUGUUACAUUGAAACCGUCCCAUCGAGACUGUCAGGGUAGUUUUAAAUCGUGACAUUUCGGUUAAACGGACCCCAUAUUAAUCGGGCUCUGCAAGGGAACACCGGACAAAAUCACAAUCGUGUCUUUCCGUAAUCAUUGCUUGCGAGUGGGUUUGUUAUUGGCGUUGCGACACGAUGGGAAAAGCCCGUGCAAUGGAAGCGCGCCAGGGGUCUGGGAGGGUUCCGCACAAACCCCUCAUAGACCUAUCGCGGCUUCGCUGAUUAUCCUACAGCGCUACUGAGAGUAUUCACUAUAGAACGAACCAACGGCUAUUUGGUGGUGAUCUCUCUGAAACGGACGCGGAUCGAGCUUUUGUACGACCAAGUACUUUUAUUAUGGGGAAACUUCAAGUGGCUUUUAUUACAAACUUUUAACUUUUUUCGUUAGGUUUGUAAACAAUAGGAAACACUUUUGUGUCAGAAAUUUUCGCAACUUUUGCAGUGGGUUGACUUAAGAAUUCAAAACACAGGUUAUCAAAAUCAGAGUUCAUUUUUAUUGUCUACCAUUGCUUUAAAUCGCUUAUAAAGAGAAGAGAUCCCUGAUACUGCUAUAGUUUUUGUGGUAAGAAAUCGUGAUGGUUCAUUUCCUUUGUUUCUUUUCUCAGGUCAAGAAGCUUUUCUGCACCGCAUAAGGAAAUGGUGGUAACUAUAAUUCACAAUGUUUAAAUGUCAGUCGUAAAGAAUAGUAGAUCUUGACCUUUAAAAAAAUAGACGGAACGAACUCGCCCCGCUCUUAAUUAAGCAACCAAACAAACAUAAAGAAAUGCGUUAAACGAAUUUUUUCCCCUCGACCGUUUCCAGUUCUUAUAUGCAAUUUCAUCAGAUAUGGCGAAGUAUUUUAGAAGUUCAGUUAAUCUUCUCACUUUAAGACUCAAAUCCAAUUUUCCUCCAGAUAUCUAUUUGGUUCCAAUUCAGUUAGUAAUUCAGGUGAAUUACAAAAUUAAAUGGUCAGGCGCAUUCAGAUUUGGUACUUUGCAUUAUUUGUUCAUUUUCUAACAGGAAUAUCCUUUUUUUUCUGUUUUUUUUUUUCAGUUGAGCAAGGAUGCUCUCUCCAUACUUCAUGAGGUAUGACAUUUUAUUUUAUCAUUAUUACUUCUAUGUUGUACUUCGUCUUUGCCUUUCGUUUUUGUAAUCGUCCGCCUUUACCUCUUACUUUAAACAGAUUUACAAAAUGUUGCUUAACCUUCUUCCAAGAGCCAGGAAAUACUGUGGUAUGUAGAACGCUAAAUUUUUAGAAGAUUUAAAGUUUCUGUUGCUUUUGUUACUAUUUUUGUUUUAAGCAAAGAAAAAUAAUCCAGUAACGUUUUUAGUAAUUGAGUCAAUAGAUAACUUUUCUUUCUGUCUCUCUGUCCUGUUUGGUUAAGUAGAUCGAAACAUCCAUGGCACCACAAAACUUGUCAGCUAUUUUGCCGUGUUGAACUACUGCCUUGCAUCAAAAACGGAGAAGGAAAUGGUAUGAAAAAAGUUCCCUUGUUAAUACGCCUUUUGGGUUGUGUUAUUUGGUAGCAUGCGUCCGAAACGGAGACGCCUUUUGGUAAACUUCCCUAAUGAAACUAUCCUUAUCCUUCUUCGUAGUUCACGCCAUUCUGUACAGAGUUGUGGCGGCUGUUUCACCCAUUGAUGUCAGAACCAAAUAUCGCAGUACAUCCUAACAAACAGGUGAUUUAUGAAUAAAGAAAGAUGAUAUAUCUCGACCCCUGUCGUCGAAAAUUGAAAGACGUUAUUUGUUAGUCACGAGCUUGGAAUAAAGAGAAAUCUGUUUUCUCGGCAAGAAGUCGAACCUCAGACCUUCACCUUCACGGUCCAAUGCUAUACUACUGAGAUAUUGAGACAACUUGUUGCAGAGUUGGGCCAUACAGUAUAUGGUAAAUGUUUCACCUUUGUGAUUACUUAAUAGAAAGGUGGCAUAAUUAAUAACAGGUUUUUAAAGUUCCAAAAAAAUCGCACUGUUUUUGAAUUGCUAAUUUUGUUUGUUUGUUUGUUCGUUCGUUCCUUUCUUUCAUCGAUUUUCGGAAUCUUUGUUCCAGUUCCUUGUCGAGAGGGUUCAGUGUAUGGAGAAUUUGCAUUCGUCCAACAUCAACUUGGUUUAGCUUUGAUAUGUUUAAUGAAAUAAAUGAAUGAAGAGGUAAUAAGUCGAAAUACCUGAAUGUUUAUCUUUAUCUGCUUGAGCCUUACUUCUAAUCAGAUGGCUAUCGAACGUUUAAAAGAACAAAGAAGGUGUAAGUUUCUCAUGCACUAAAUGGUUUGUUAAUUCUCAGGCCUUGCUGAUCUUCUGGUUUCACGCUUGUAUUAGUUGUGAGAAAAAUAUUGACUUUAUUACGGAGAACAGCAGCGUGGCUGCGAACAUACCGCUCAACUACAUUCUGUAAGUGACUCUCUUAAUUUAGACUUUUGGUAUCCUUUUGGUCGUAUGAGUAACCUUUCUAGGGUCAUUUUCAUUUGAGUUUCGAGGGUAAUCCGAGAUAGCUGUGGAUUUGGUUUACUUCGCUUUGGGAUUGGUCUGAUCGAUUGAUAAGAUGCAAAACUUAAACCAAUCCUGGCUUGCUACUCUUAUUUUCCUGCGCUUUAGUCAGUUUGCCUGUUUAUUCUCCGAAGGUAAUUUAGUAUCUCGUCCCGUCAGAGCGAAAUACGUUUCGACGAUUCGCUCUGACAAAGGGCUAACGCCCGAAACGCCAGCUUUGACACUCUUAAAGGUGGCCAAUUUACGUUAACAUCUCAGUUGAUAAUACUAAAUUACCCCGUUAUACUUUCCAACACCACAGUAUCUUUAGAAACUUACCCCCUUUAUUCAUUUGUUUAUCCUUUUGAGUUCGUCCUGGCUUCUUAUAUCGUUAACCUCUUCACUGAAUGUGAUAGCUUUGGUUUUCAUGACAAUUCGUGUAUGUUCGCUCUGGUUGUUGGCUGCCACCAUUAACUCGUGUGAUGAUCUUUGUACGUUUUCAGUUCCAGUGAUGAACCGGAAGUUGUAAACUUUAACAGAAAUGUACUUCCGGCAUAUUAUGGGCUACUUCGGUUGUGUUGUGAGCAUUCCCGCUCUUUCACUCACCAGCUGGCUGUGCAUUCCAACAUGAAAUGGGCUUUUGAAAAUCUCACCAUACGCAUGAACCAGUAUCCACAGGUAUGUACCAGGCUAAGCCGCGCGUUUUUCCUCCGCAUGUUUUCCCUAACUUGCCCGUUUUUUUCACAGUAAAGCAUUGUGGGAAUUAUUUCCCACCAUACAUUAGCAGUACUUAGAAUUAGUAGUCCCCCCUUUUGGUUUGUUGGUAAAGCAGAAAAUGAAGAGUGUGCUGCAAAUUUGUGUUUUCUGAGCGUGAUGAGACUGUGUGAAUUGCUUGACAAGUGUUUUGGUUUGCCCGUGUCAUAGGCAGUCGAGGAGCUUUUUGCCCUCAUGAGGCUUUUUGCUGGCGUUACUUCCCCUGAUCCGCCCCAAGAGAAAAGCAAAGAAGAAGAAGCCUUUGAAGCAUCGUUCAGACGAGACACCAUUAUCCUGUACCAGAACUGCCUGGACGGAGGAGCGUCGUGGACGACACUUAUCAGGUACAGGGGUCUGUGUAGGAGGGACUUGAGCGAGUAAUGUGAUAGCGAGGCUCGAGUGUAUGAGAUAAAGACACGAAGGUGAGAUGCAUGGAAGUGAGGCUUUACCAUACUGCCUCUAUUUCAUGUCAUAGUUACACUCAUGUCGUUAUUAAGCCUAGAUUAAAAAAAGUGGAGUGCACAAAACUGUAAUAGAUCAUCAUUAAAGAAUCUUUUUGUUUUUUUCGUUGUAGUGCGUACAAGAUCUUGCUUCAAACGGAUGAGGACAGACUGACCGUGGUUGUCAACCAAGGACUCCUCACGCUGUCUGAUGUAAGGCUAAAUUUCGAAUCGAUCGUGUAGCUGCGUGAUUGUUUCCAGUCAAAUCUGUGACAGGAACAACAACAGACAAUAACUUAUUAAUAAAGUUCCUCUCUCUCUCAAAUUACUCAACAGGCAUUUACAACCCUUCACAUGAUGUACCAUGAGGCUACAGCUUGUCACGUGACAGGAGACCUGACGGAAGUGUUAAUGAUUUUACACAACUUAUUGGUGUGCUGUCGGCCGCAUAGCAAUAAACAAGGUAUUAAAUACUCACUUUUGUCUUCUAGCCGAUGCAUCGUUAACUAGACUGUACAUGAUAUCUUUUCGAUAGACGCAUUCUUCAGUUAAGUACCGAGUCCCUUGUUGUUUAGGGCAUACUCCAGACCCAAAGGUCCUGAUACCAGCCUUGGUGGGGGAUUGCUUCAGAGGCAAUACUCUCAGUCAUUUCAAGUUAGGGCAACGAGGAUAAGCUCCGCUAUGAACUGGGUCACUUGACUUGCAAGACUGAACUAUGUUUAAAUGUAGAAUUUGAGAAACUAGACGUUACCUGUAUCUUCUCGUAGAGUAGGUACUUCUUGUCUUCGUGUUUUUAGCGUUGUUUUUUGUGUCUUUCAGACGUUCGCAGUAGUAUUUUAGGAUGGUCAGAGAGAUUUGAUGUCGCCCAAAAACUUCUCUCGCUGUUAAAUACCUACACACCAAAAGAAGUCAGGCAGUCCUGUCUAGGUAAGUCGUAAAGUCAUAUCGAUCGAUGGAUACUUUCCCAACAGCACUCAAUGACCCUCAACCGAAAAAAGUCUUUUUGCGUAUUGUGUUUAAUUGAUAUCAGCAAAAUGCAAUCGGAUGAAAGACUUUCCUCUCUUUAUCCAUGAUCAACAGCACUCAUAGUACACUUACACACACUUACAUUCACUUACACUUUAUUGGGUCUCCCUUAACAGGGCUUUUUAGACACAACUAACUAACUUUACAGUAUUUACAAUCGUAAUAAAAAACCAAAAGCCAAUGAUGUCUAUUCAUUAAAUUGUGGUUAAAUAUUCUUUCCUUAACCCUUUAAUCCUUGAGAGUGACUAGCAUCUAAUUUCUCCUUUCAGUAUCAUCCCUGAAUCAAACAUUAAGGUCACGAGAGUAAAGGAAAUGAUAAUCAACUGAAGAACCUUUUGAUUGUUAAACAAAUUCUCCCAGCUGGCACAUUUAGGAAAUGUAUAGAGAACAGUAUGGGGAAUAUGCAUACUGAUGUUAAGGUGUAAAGGUUUGAAGUUUUUGAUGUCCCUAAUGUUCUGAAGAUCCUUCGAAAGGCUAUUCGUUUGGCACCGCGAUAAUAAAAGCUCCGUUGCCCUGUUGACAACCGGCUGCGUGGGUUCAAGUGUUGAUCAUAUCAUAGUUGAUAUGUGAACACAAGUUCAGUGGGCGACUUUAUUGUGGAAAGGGCCACUAUGACCCAAUUACUGUGAUAAAAAUGGCCACUCUCGAUAAAGGAACAUAUCACGAGCCAGUUAGAGCUUCAAUUAAAAACCAGGAAUUUCGCUGAAGCGCGAGUGGCUAAGUUGUUUUCGUUUCGUAUAAGGUUGGUUGAGAAGGCGACGCCGUCUAGUUUUCUGAGGUAGUCACGGAGCGUAGAAAAGUAAAAAAGUCUCGUUUGAAAUUUGCCCACGUACGUAUUUAGAAGGGGUUAAAAUUUGGUUAGCAAUGCAAUAGAGCCCUCAAGUUUGUUCCUCGUUUUCCACCUCAAUGAGCGCCCCACUAUAUAAUAUCCCGUAUUUGACAAAGUGAUCCAUUGUGAUCCACAGAUGUGUUAAACGCCAUGUUGGUUCUGUACCCCGGUGACAUCACAGAAGCACUGAUUCCCAUCAUAAGUGCCUCUCAUCAGCACUGGAACAAAACUUCUCCCCCAGGUUAGUUUUAACUUGCGUAGCAGUAGUUUUCGUUCCCCUUCAGAAAAGCACGAGAAGUGGGCUAACUUUAGUCUCCUUUCAGUCCCAUGUCUUCGCUCAGCUUUUGUUUAGAUCACACUUCUCCUGCUUCGCUGGAACGAAAAAACUAUCACAUGCGUUUGGUAAUUAUUUUCUAGAAGUAUGAUAUAAAUCCCCAGAAUAGAGUUGUAAAGACGAGGGCAUAUGGAUGUACUAAUUAAAACUGACGUCUGAACACUUGAUCUUGAAAUAAUUUUAGUAACAGCCACAAAGAACGUUUUUUACAAGUCCAUGAUUCAUUCUAAUUCACUGUUUCUUCUCUCUUAAGAGACGCAAAGUAAUAUGUUUCUUUUGUAGUAAUUAAUAUUUAUUUUGUUUCGUGUAAUUUUGUUUGUUUGUGUGUUUAUUUUGCGCCCCAACUGGAAGCAAACCAAUUCUGUUUGGAAAACUGUAUUUACGAUUUUUCACAUGUCUUGACAUUGACUAGAAGUCGUUUGGAGCUUUUGCAAUAUGUCAUUUGGAAAGCAACAAGGAAACUAGGACUCCGAACCCCAAGUUCUCUCAGAUUUUUUUCUUGAGACUUAAUUUCGCUAGUAUAUAUACAGAGACGUAAUUGGCAAUUGAUAAGGUACUUGUAGUUACUUGGGCCUUCAUCACGACAAGUGCACAUGUUAAGCGCUUAGUUCUCUUCUACUUGUGGCCUUUAAAAAGAAAUAAACUGUACUAACCACAUGUGGUGCAAUCACCAGGUCUCCUUGGUCCGUACUUUCCUCGUCGACACUCAAAGAUGAUUGUCAGCAGCAAGUCUGUGGCGAGGCCCGCUGUGCCUGAGCUUAACAUGUUCCUUCAUCCGUCAUUCCUGGACUCGCCAAAGGUAAUUACCGCCUACCGAUACUCUUUGACUCACCAUUCUAACUUGGGGUAAUCGCAUGGAGUUACCACGGAGGUGAAUCGCAGGAAUACGAUAGAGUCAAUCCCAGCAUUCAUUUUGAUCUUAGUAUUAGCAAAGUCGCUGACCUGUUGUGUACUUGAUGUUCUCAGGGAGUGGAGGAGUUGUAUGACACAGCAGUUGCAGAGUACUUCCAACCGUAUCACCACUUCGUGGAUAAACUGUUGCGCUAUGGAUUCGGUCAUGACAGGGUCCCUGAACAUGUCAUCACUUGCAGUAAGUGUUUGAAGGUCAUAGACUCCUUCAAGAUAUCAGUAUAGGUAAUCACAUGAUUUCGAAUGCGAUAUGGAAUAAAUAAGCACGAGUAAAUAAUUUUUUCAAAGACUAACAAAAUUGCACGAGCCCGUAGGGCGAGUGCAGUUUGUGGUCUUUGAAAAAAUUUACAAGCGCAUGUUUUUUGCACGUUGCACGAGAAAAAUUAUGUGAUUACAUAUUAAUGAUAUACAUGAAAAAAUAGGAGAUAGCUUAUCAUAAUUAUGCAACAACAACAACUCAGACAGAUACUUGAACAAAUCUGAGCCAUUUUUAUAGCCUCUUGUGCCGGGUGUUUCUCAGGGGUAACAAUGCGAUUAUCUUUAUCUUUAUCAUUCUUUCAAAUCCCCUUUGUUCAUUAAUUCAGCACUAUACAGCCUUCAGCACAAAACCAAUUUUGGCGCCUCGGUCAAUCAUUCUUCGGUUACAACAAUUUUGUUUCUUCUCAAGCAUAAGGUUUUAGAUGAAUCCGGUCAUUAUGUGUACAUGUGGCUACUGUUCUUUGUGAUGUGGUGGGUAAAUGAGCUUACCGUCGAAUUCACGCUUCUACUCUUGUUAUAGGUUGUCUCUUGGCGAUAGAAGCCAUCCCUCUUCACUUCACGUUCUUCAGCAGUCUGUGGAUGGAAGUGUAUCAGAAGGCUGGCGAGGUGUGUGUCGUGUUGCUUACGUUGACGUGGACUUGUUUCACUGUCCAUAUUUACGCAUUCUGCACAGGGUAGCCACACAUUUCAUUUACAGUUGUUUCUUUAAUUAUUCGGCUCAAGGUCACCAACGCUUUCAAUUUGUGGCUGUUUUUUUUUUUGCAGAUUGGUAGAUACAAGACCUACAUACAGCAGCUUUGUCAGAAACCCGAGUUCCUCGAGGUAACUUCUGAUGCAGCUUAUUUUUUUUCUGCAUUCGUGCGUAGUUUUUACUACCAUUACAGAAUAAUGGAGAGGCAGCAAUCGAUAGUAACAUCUUUGGUUGGGUUCAUUCCUUCACUCACUCACUCAUAUAUUAACCCUUUACGCCUCAGCAUCAGUAUGCAUAUUCUCCAUACUAUUCUUUCUACAUUUCCUAAGGUGCUGACAAGGAGAAUUUGUUCAACAAUCAACAGCUUCAUUUAGUUGGUGAUGAUUUCCUUGAUUCUCAUGACCUUAAUGUGUGAUUCAGGGGUGAUAAUGUAAGGAGAAUUUAGAUGCUAGUCAUCCCUAGGGGUCAAAGGGUUAAUAGAUUCCUUUUUGCAUCUUACCGUGUCUUUGACUUUAUUUAUUUGCUGCACUUAACCAAUGUUUAGUUCAUCGAUAAAUAAAUCGCUAUUUAGUUAUCAGUCCGUCAAAGGAAAAGCACAUAAAUCAAGCGUUGUCUUGAUCAGGAAGCUACAUUUUAUACAUCAAUUGGUCAGCACAAGAUAGGCUGACAAUAAAAGUGAGACAAGAAAACAACGCAAAAUAGCCGAGUGUAACUAUUAAGUUUGGUUAGUUUACCAUUUUUUAACGUUUGUUUAGUACGUGGACCUGAUCUUACUGGAUGAACGAGAAAGUCUCAAUGUGCGAGACAUCUAUUCCUUCCUGUGCUGCUUUUUUCCGCGGGUAAGCAUAAGGUGUUUGUUUUUUUUUGUGUGUGUGUUCUUGUUUGUUUGUUUUGUUUUGCUGCCUUUGUUUCUUUACUUGUUUGCAUUAUCUCCCUAGUCUAGUAAGUCUUCUUUAUUCCGGCUACCAGGCCGCAAACGAGCUAAAAACGUUCUUUCGCCUAUGAAGUAAAGUAUGUUAGACGCAAUAUUUUGAAUUAACAAACUUACGGUAGGUGGUCACUCAAAAUAACCACAGCCUAAGUCGUUGCUGUUGCUGCAUUCUCUCUUUAAGAGAACUGGUGUUAAAUGUAUGUAAUAUUUACAAUUUUGUAUUCUCCCAGGUGUCAAGCCAGGUGUUGGUAAAGCAGUGGAAUAACUUGGUGCAGACACUGGUGGCGACAGUAAUCGCCGAUAAACCCGCAGCGGAGAAGGCAAAUGACACUGAACUCUGUGCAAUAGCUAAGAGGCUAACUGCGGUGAGAACUUAUUAAGUCAAAUUCUUUUGUCGAAAUUUUUUUCUUGUUAUUUAUAAAAAGAAACACAGCGUAGUAAGACUUGCAAAGGGAAAUGUUCCGAGCAGUUCGUGCAACUAGGGAAUAGAAUGCCUAACUACAGCGCAACAGAUUAACCUAACAUUUAUGAUAACGUCCAACUUCUGGUCCAUAAUUGGUAACCUGUUGGCAGAAUAAGUAUAGUGAUACGUUCUCCUUACAAUAUUGGAAAAUUAUCCAGAGAAACGUAUGAACUUGAAGGUUUCUCCUUCAGAUAAGACCAAAGAAAGAAACAGAGAUAGUGGAUAAGAGAAUUGCGAUAUGGUUCACUCUGAGACUGACGUGUGCAGGCAAUGGGCCAAUUAAUUCCCAUUGUAGGCUGGUUUCCCCUAUUAUUUAGAUAGAAAAUCAUGAAAUUAGGUAAAACUUUGUUUUCUUUAAAAUUAGUCAACUUAAAAAAUGUUAUUCUACCGAAUUCCUCCGCAGGAACUGCGGGCCAUGUCUCUACUUUUCUCAGUUCGCCCGCCACACAAGUCGGACGUAAGCCCCUUGUUGCAACCAAGUCUCAACGAAUUGCUGGUGGUCUGCCGCAAGUAUCAAACCAAAAAAUUAGAGGCCAAAUUGCGGUCACCGGCGGUAGAGUCGGAACAACCUCCCUCACAGCAGCAGGGUAAAGAAGAGUCAUCUGCUGCCAAAACUGAAGGAGAUGAUGGACCCGUGAAGAAGCGAAGGCGGACCCAAGAGGAAGAGGACGAGGCUUCAGCUAAAACGACCUCGGGUCCGUCAGAUAAACCAGGGACGAGCAAAGACGAUAGCACGACUGCAUCAAAGAAGGAGAAAACUCAAGAAAAUUCUCAGAAAAAGGCUGCAUCAAUAUGGGGUGCAAGGCCACCCACGGAUUGGGUGGACUCGCUGGUCAAGGCUAUACAGAACACUAUAUCUAAAGUUCCAACGUAGAUCAUGUUUUAGGGAAACGGGACGUGAUAGUCGAGUUUUAUUCCACUCAACUGUGCAUCUUCUGUGAUUCGAGGAAGAAGUUUGACCCAACUUUUAUUACGCACAGGGAAUCAUAACACCGGAGAGGUGCGUGCGAGAGAAUUUGUUUCUCACGUAGUGUAAGUUUGAAACAUUUGAGAAUAAGAGGACACAAUUCCGCUUUCGUUUAUUUGAACUUAGAUGAAAGGAUUUUGAAUUGAAGUCCACAGUAGUUACAAUUGAUCAAAGAAUUUUGCAAGUAUUCGAAAAAUCAACUUGCAUGAAGAGCUUGAAAACUGUUGUCGACCAUAAAUGGAGAAGAUUAAGGUUAGGUAAGUACUCCCUACUUUAAAAUUCAGGUUUAAUAUUUCAAAAUAAACCAUAGUUGACUAAUCCCUCUUCAGCCAUUCACUGAUGUGUCGACAGAUAACAAAUAUCUGAUCUUUUGAACAUAAAUUUAGGUGAAUAAAAAAUUACAUUGAAUUUGUACAAAAGCAAUUUUAAGUGUAAAUUGUGUUCUUGUCUUGCCAUGUUUUAUGGUGGUUGUUAUCUUUUCUUUUAUUAUUUAUUUAUUUAAUUUUUUGUUCAAAAUUUUCGUCAAUAAUGCUUUUCAUUAGCAAAGCUACGUGAGCUAAGAAACCACAAGGUUGUUAACUCUAAUUUCCCCUUCAAUAAAAGCUUCACUCUUCAC